AAAACCUUAUUCCAAACACACACCUCGUUCUCCACACAUCUCAAGCCUAAACACCUUUCUGAACUCAAAUCAGAAAAACCAAUCAAGAAAACACGAACAUAACAUAUAACAACAUACAUAACACAUACACACCCGACUCCUGACAUCAACUGACUCUGAACCUCGGCGAGUUAAUGACGGAGGCAGAGAGAGAAAAGUACAGCAUGAUCAACUUUGAAGAGACCGAGUUGCGACUCGGCCUGCCACUCAGUGGAGGCGAGGCCGAGUCCACGCUCAAAAACACUUGCGCUGUCUUUAACGGGAAGAGGGUCUUUUCGGAGACAAGCACCACUACCGUCGAUUUGAAGCUUAACCUUUCAUCAACCUCCAAUACUGUCUCUGCUGACGUGGCCAAAGACAACGCAACUGCGGCUAACUCCACUGCACCACCUCCUUCUCCAGCUCGUGCCAACGACCCAGCAAAGCCACCCGCAAAUUUCAGGGCACAAGUGGUGGGUUGGCCACCAGUGAGGUCAUUCAGAAAGAACAUUGUGAGUAACGUUCAAAGGAGUAACAAGAAGGAGGAGGGUGAAAAAGGGGCGAGCACAAGUGGCAGCAACAACGGUGCAGCUUUCGUGAAAGUGAGCAUGGAUGGUGCUCCCUAUCUACGCAAGGUGGAUUUGAAGAUGUACAAGAGCUACCAAGAGCUCUCGGAUGCACUGGCUAAAAUGUUCAGUUCCUUCACCACCAUUGACAAAUGUGGAUCCCAAGGCAUGAAGGACUUCAUGAAUGAGACCAAAUUGAUUGAUCUUCUCAACGGCUCUGAUUAUGUCCCAACUUAUGAAGACAAAGACGGAGACUGGAUGCUCGUCGGUGACGUACCCUGGGAAAUGUUCGUCGAAUCAUGCAAGCGCCUGCGCAUAAUGAAAGGAUCUGAGGCUAUCGGGCUAGCACCAAGAGCCGUGGAAAAGUGCAAGAGCAGAAGUUGAAGUUAAUUAAAUUUGGAGUUUGUACAUUCCAUGUUAGACAACAAUGAAUAUGCUCUUGGGCGUCCAUGGGAAGCAUUAAUGCUAUUUUCUCCAGCAAGGGGUUGUCUAAGUCUAGUAUAGGAGCCGAGUUAAUUAUAUAAUGUGUCGGUACCAUUUUUUAAAAAUAAUUUUCUUGUAUAUCCUAUGUUAUAUGUAUAUGAGAAAAUAGUUGGACAUUAGGGGCAAGAAAUAAUGGAGUAUGUUUAUAUGAGCCCGUUUUUGUUUCUAAGUACAAAAGUGAAACGGUUGUCUAUCGUUGGUGUACGUACGUGCUUGUCUAAUAAGAAUAAUGUCUACGUUGAUUGCUGUA